CCGCUGGCGAGCUUAGUUCCAACAUAGAUAGCGACGCGUUCGGUUCAAAUCUUCCCGCGUGUCGUUCGCCGUCGGUCGGUCGUCGAGCCCCUCCAAAACGGUUUCUCACUUCUUCUUAGCUCAGUGUACAGCAGUGUGAUCUUUUCUGUUUGUGGCGUCCUCUUGACUCUGUGUAAUUUGUGGCCUUAUUGUUGCCUGAUAAGUUCGCGAUCUGUCUGCUACGGUGAAAACAAUUUUUGCUUCAUUCAUCGGACGAAAUUUCCCCUAAUUGAAGAAGAUAAUGCGGUGAUCGUCACUUGGCGACGAUUCAAGGCACGCUUGGAUUUAUCGCUAACGAUAGACAGCAGAAAAUGUCAUGGCAUCCUAAGGCCUGGGUAAACAUUUUCAGGAGAUCGUAAUUGGCGAAUCGAAUUGUGAAGAAGUCAACGACUAAUGAUGGAUCAUAUUUUCGCCAGACGUCGUAUUUCCGGAGCCUCGAUUUGGAUGAUCAACAAUGACGACGACGACGAGUGAUGACUCUUAGGAUUAUGUUCGUCUUUGCCAGUUUUGGUCAGUCAAUGGGAUCAAAAAGAAAUAAUCGACAGGAAAUAUUCAGUGUCCGUGUGUGAGAGGGAGAGCGUAUGUGAUUAAUUCAACCGCAGCCAGUUCGAAUGGAAGAAGAUAAAAAUUGAUUGAGUUUUGUGUUUGGUGGAAUCAACGAAGAAGCAUGGUUUGCCCGCACUGGGGAAAUAAUGGAUCUAACAAAAGUCACUGAUUAUCCGGGGCUGGAAGAUAAAAAGCAAAGGUGAAUAAAAGUGAGUUUGGAGAGAUAAAUAGAGUUCCAUUAGGACGUUACGUGUUUCGAGUUUGUGAUGUUGGAUUGGAAAGAGACACUCAUCUCUAGUUAAUUUAGUCGACUAGCCAGUCAAAUCCAAGUGGCAACUUUUAAUUAAUGGAUUAAAAUUCUAACUCGAGGAGCUCAAAAGUCAACCGGCGGAGCAGAAAAGAGGGGAGUGUUAUUCUCGCUGGAAAUAAGGCAGCGAAUAGUCAUGACCACCUCGAAACUGCACCGAUAGUGAACCCGACCCUCUGACUAGAUUUUUACGGAAGCGAAAUCGAACGCAACAUUGCGCAAUGAGUCUGAUGAAGCCGAACGUUCCGGAGGGCUUUGCCACUAUCCGCACGCGAGGACUCACCCGGAGCACCAGCCGGUCGGAGCAGCUGUCCAGUUCCCGCAGAAAUUCGUCCAACAUGAAAUCGGCCGGUUCGGGACCACUCUACGAGAACAAUGGCAACAGCCUGACGUACAAGAGUACAUCGGCGACGCUUAUUUGUGUUCCUCCACCGGUACCGCCCAGGACCACCUCGGAGUUGACGACCAAGAGCGAACCGAAGGAUAAGGAAAACUCAAAUGGACCGUAUCGAAAUGACGACGAUGUUUUCUGCACAGCUUCACUGACUUACGAAACUUUCAAACCACGUAAGAGUCCCACUUUGAAGGAGGACACCAGCGAUUACAUAAGCCUGAUGCAGUCUUCGGAAUGUAUCGAUCGGCUGAAUUACGACUUCGAACUGCCUUCGUUGAAGAGUCCGCAGUAUAUCACGGAGCUGAAGCUGAUCCAGUCGAAAGCAAUAGACAAUGGAAGUCUGUUUACGAGACCGGAGAGCCCUCCGUAUGGGAAGAUCCGCAACAGCUACCGUUCGUCAACACCGGAGAGCGUAGAUAACUGCUCUUCGGGGUCAUCUACGUACUCUAAUCCCAUCAAUAGUGGAAAGAGCACCAGCCUUAGUGGAUUCCUCGGACCGGAUGAAACCCUGAAGCCGUUGUUGAAUGGCAAGUCAUCCUCGCUCCAAUACAGGAAAUCCUACUCCAACUCCCGCUCGGAGAUUAUUUACGAAGAGCCAAAGAAAUUCCUAGCAACGGGUAGUCAAUCGAGCGAUACGGACUCGGGCUACGACGGAGGCCCAGGGAGCUACCCGAAAAUCCACAAAAGUGCCGAAUUGCUGAACGUCCUGGACUCGGGGCGUCUGCAGUCAACGCGAGGCUAUUCCACGAUGGGACAUCCGCGGGAUGUUCGCAUUGGUGGAUCAUCUUCGUCGGGCUAUCCGAUGACUGCUGUCGGUGAAAGCAAAUCGACCUCUUCGCUGAACGAAGCCCAUCUUCAAGGAACCGGUAAACCGGAACAGCAGCUACUGGACCACAAGGUCGGUAGCCAGACCACUCUCCGGAGUAAGCCCAUUAUUCCGUGGUACGAGUUGGCCAUCCGGAAGGAUCACCGGCAGAGCUGUCCGCCGUUGCAGCCUCACACUGCGACUGAAUUUGAACAGAACUUGGUAAAUGUAUCGCAAAAGUUGCAGAAUAUGACGACUUCAACGGAUCAAAAGGACAGUGAAAUUCAAGAGAUGAGGAACACGAUCGAGCUUCUCCGACAACAGUCGGCUGGCAUAGCUGCCACUCAAUUACUAGCGUUAACUACAUCGCAUGGAACGACGGCUACUGGCACUGCUUGCACAUCCCAAGCGGUUCCACUGCCUCUACACAGCGAGAUGAAACGCCACCACAGUACGGAUUCGAUGUACUCGGUGAGCUCAACCAGCACCAGCUGUUCUAAUCAGGACAAACAACACAAGAAAAAGAGUGGCUUCCGGCAUUCACUGCAGCGGGCGUUCUCCCGCAAUCAGAAAGGUUCCAAAGCGAGUCGACCCAUCAGUCAGAACUCCAACCCGGACCCAGAUUUCAUGCUGAUGAACUAUCCAAGUCGCGAAGACGUCUGCAUCAGCCCCCUUCAGUAUGUUCCACCACUGUCUCCGACCAAAACCAGUCCACCGAACUCGGCCAGUCCUAUUCAUAAUGGCGACCAGCAUGUAACUUACGAUCGGGACGGUAACCCUGUAGUCACCCAACUAGUUCAGAAGCUUCGCGAGAAGGAUCUCGUCCUGACCGAUAUUCGUUUGGAAGCCCUCACGACUGCCUCCCAGGUGGAGAGCCUCAAGGAAACGGUCAUGAAGAUGCGCCAGGAGAUGGUGUCCCUGAAGCAUAACAACGAUCGCCUGCAGCACAUGGUUUCGCGGAGAUCGAUGACGGGCAGUGAACUUUCCUUUGGAUCCACAAGUCCCACCAAUUCCGUUGGAGAAUCACGUCGGUACAGUGCUGCCGUAGAUUACCUCAGUGGACGUCCCAUGCUUGAUCUUCCUUUGGACCUCGACGAAGGUGAAGAAGACAACAUCCCACCAGCUCCGGCUCCGGAGCCACCGCCAGAACCACUCAGUCCUGCCUUCAUUGCCGAUAUGUCCCCGACGAUCGAGCGGGCUAUGAUUCCGGACUCGGAAAUCAUCUCCAUCGCUAGUGAAUCCAUGAUUGAUCACAUCGAUGGAAAGAAGAUUGCCAUCGCGGUCUACCUAGGGCAGAUGGACUUGUUUGCCAAGUAUUUGGAGGAUAUAAACGAAAAUGGUCAUCAGGAGAAUGGGAAAAUCAGACAGAAUGAGUUCACGAUUGCGUUCACUUUCGUUUCUGGGAAGACCAGUUGGCAAAGCUUGGACUACAUAGUCCAUCGGAGCUUCAAAGAUUUCCUGGAACGUGUCGAUCCAUCCGGAAAUCUCAGACUCAGCACGGAAUCGAUCGCUAGCUAUCACAUUGGAGAUGCUAAGCGGGCGUACGACGUGCGACUUCCGGAGCUGAUGCCUUAUGGGUACAUCGUAGGAAAUGUCGAUACGUUGUACAUUUGCCUUCGAGGUGUCAGCAAUAUAGCGUUAGAUAAUCUCAUCAUCAAGAACAUGGUGCUACGAUACAAGUCGUCGGCUGUCGUUGAUCCCAAGCGAAUGGCAGCCCGAGGGUCAAUGGAGUCGAUUGCGAACUAGAGAAUCAAAACAAUGAUAGAAUUAGGAAAUGUUUAGCCUCUAGCAGUCGCCGUUUACAGUGACCAAGAGAAAAAACAAUGUGAAUAUUUUCCAUUUAAUUCAACUUAGUAAUUUGUGGGACUGCACAUUGCAGUCGAAAUACGUAUCUGUCAUGGAUACAAAUUACGAAGUGGAAUCAAAUGGAAAACAAUCACCUUUUUUCGCUCUUGUGAGUAUUUCACUAAAAUCUAAAUUCGUAACUUUCAUAGUGACCAAGUUCAACACAAGUUGCAAUAGUUAAUUGACCGAUCUAGCCAACCCAUAUUUGUUCAUAAUAGUUGAGGAUCGCAGGCGAUCCAGAUCCGAUAAAACUACAUACUCAACUCCACACGCGAGAGGCAUCAAACGUUUGAUAUUAAGCAAUAAUUGUAUCUUCGAUUGACUGAAGACUGAAUUGAAAUCGAACUUCUUACGGUAGCUAUUAGCUUAGAUAUUUAAACCCGAUUUUGCGAUAAUGAAACUAGGAGCUUAUUUUCGUGCGCGUUGUGUUAACAUUACUAUCGAUAUCACUAACUAACUAGAUAUUUCUUUUUUUUUUCUUUACGGUUACUGUGUAUUCUUGAGCAAAUGUAAUUCACGUUCUAGUUGAAAUUGACUGCGUUUUAGUCAUCGAAGCCAUGAAUGUUUGUGCUAAAAUAAAGGUAGCUAUAGUCUGAGUA